UGUUUUCUAUUAAAUGUAUAAAGAAUUGAAUCUAUGAUAAAUAACAAAGGAAAAAAAAUGUAACACUUUGUUGUGUUUUGUGAUUCAGAGAGUGUUGGAUUAAGUCUGAAGUCAGGAUCUUGAAGUUUCAGCAUGAUGAGCCGUCCGCAGAGCUUCAUAGAAGGUGAAGCUCCUGACUCUCAGCAUGCAAAAUCAAACAGAGGGUCAAAGGUCACCACAGAGAGAGUGGCACUGGUGGUUCUCUGUAUCCUGCUGGCAGCUGCUCUCAUCGUUAUUUAUCGUCUCUCAUUUGACAAAAUUAGAACGAACAAAGAGCUCGAAAACCUGAAACAUCACAAAAUGAAGUGUGAAAGAAAUCUGACAGAGACUCUCUCUAAGAUAAAAUCAUGCAGCACGGUGCAGCCGACCUGUCCAGGACCUAAAGUAAUAGAUGAUCCUUGUUCUAAAUGUGAAGAAGGCUGGGAGCAACAUGGAGGAAAGUGCUAUUACUUCUCCAUCAAUAAAUCAUCCUGGAACGAGAGCAGAGAUGAGUGUAGAGCUAAAGGAGGAGACCUGGUUAAGAUAGACAGCAGAGAGGAGCAGACUUUUCUGGAGAGAAGACUGAGAGAUGUAAUGACUGAAGAUGAGGACAAGUUCUGGAUCGGACUGACAGACUCAGCAGUAGACGGCAGAUGGGUGUGGGCGGACGGAUCAUCACUGAAUGAAAGCUUGAAGUUUUGGAGUGACAUACAGCCAGACAAUUGGAAAGGGCACAAUGGUGAACAUCCUGAUGGAGAGGACUGUGCAAGGAUGGGAGAAAAAGGUGGAACUAAAGAUCUAAAGUGUUGGUUUGAUGCAUUUUGCUCAAAUCCUCACAGAAGUAUUUGUGAGAAAGCAGGAGUAAAAGGAAAGUUUAAAAAAGUAUGUGAUUAAAAUUUAUUUCAGUCUAUUAAACACCGGAGUGGAGUGAUGCAGGUUUUCAAAGUAAUG